AUGGUCAAGCACGCCUCCAAAACCUCCGUUCAUCAACUCGCAAAGGAGUAUGCCUCCAUCAUCAAAGGCAAAACCAUCCUCACAACAGGCGCAAGUCCUGGUGGCCUCGGAGCACUAUUCGUCGAAGCUAUUGCUGUUUCUGAACCUGCGUUGUGCAUCCUCGCUGGUCGCAGCGUUGAGAAGCUUCAACAAACAGCAAGCACCCUAUCAUCAAAACAUCCCAAUCUCAAGACUAAACUCCUGACUCUUGACUUGAGCUCACUCUCUUCCGUUCGUUCUGCGGCUGAAAAAGUCAAGGGCUGGUCUGAUGUCCCCAAGAUCGAUGUGUUGGUCAACAACGCGGGUAUCAUGGCGACGGAUUUCAAGCUCACUGAGGAUGGCUUUGAAAGUCAAUUCGCUUCUAAUCACUUGGGUCAUUUUCUAUUCACAAAUCUCGUCAUGGAUAAGAUUCUGGCUUCGGAAGAACCUCGUGUUGUUAGUGUGUCUAGCAAUGGUCACCGACUAGGUCCGAUUCGAUGGGGCGACCCAAACUUCAGCAAUGGGGAUCUGUACAACAAAUGGAGUGCAUACGGCCAGUCCAAGACUGCCAACAUGCUGUUCGCCAUCUCGUUAGCUGAGAAGCUCGGAAGUCGAGGAUUGCAGGCUUACAGUUUACAUCCUGGUGCCGUUCUGGAUACCUCGUUAGCGAACCAUCUGGGAAACCUGGACAGUCUUGUCGAGGCUGAUCGAGCUAUGGGUGAUCCAUGGGGUUGGGUCGACUGGUCUACUGUUCCCGUUACACCCGAGGUUGGCGCCGCCACUCACGUUUAUGCUGCAUUCGAUCCUGAUCUCAAAGAGCACAAUGGGGCUUACUUGAAUGAUUGUCGUUUGGCGGAUUCUUUUACUGACACGGUCAGGCCUUGGGCUACCAGCUCCACGGAGGCAGAACUGCUUUGGAGAUUGACAAAAGCUACUUCAUCACAACCUCCAAGAAAUGAACCCGCGGCGGAAGAACCCACAACAUGUCGCGAAUGUCGACGGCGUAAAGUCAAAUGCGAUGGUGUCAUGCCCGUUUGCACCAUCUGUCGAAAACAGCUGACCCUCCUGGAGGAGCGCCUCGAAAAGGCUGAAACUGUUCUACGACGACACUAUACUGAUAGUCAGAUUGCUGAAAUGCUGGAGGGACCGAAAGAAGGAUUGAUAACUCAAAACAAAGCACCGGAAGCAACACCGCAGAUGACAGAGCCAACGCCGGCGCCUACACUAGCUCAAACGCCAGGACUAGUCAGCUUGCCUGCCACGACUCCAGGAGCCGACAAUCUCAUGCACCUACCAACUCCCACAACAGAUCCCGGUCUCUACUUAGCAGGCCAAGCCAACAUAGCCAACUUAACUGCGGAUCCUUUUCUUCUGGCACCCAUUGGCGAGUUGGAGGCAAGUGCUGGAUUUUGGGCUGGCUCACAGGAUGUUCCUUUUGAAAUUGCUCCAGCUACGGCUGAUGACUUCGAGUGGAACGAGCAGGAAACAUCAUGGGGAACGUACGAUCCUGCUAGUUGGUCGAUUACAAACCAUGUUGAUGGAAACCCAUCGCAAGCUAUCAUGGACGGCAUGGCUUCUUUGACUAUUGGCGAUCAGAAGAGAGGAUACUAUGGGGCCGCUUCUGGAUCAGCUCUUUUACGGCAGAUUCUAUCUGCGCGUCCAGAUGGUCAAGAAGUGGACGCUGAUGUCGCACUCCACGAGAUCGAGUCCCUAUUCCAACAGCAUUCAGAUCAUUCGCAAUGGUUCCGCUCGCAAGCUAUGCUGACCAGGGUCGCUGUCGAAAAUCUCAUCGAUGCAUUCUUCGUUUUCUACCAUCCAACAUUCCCUAUUGUUCACGAACCAACCUUCCGAGCUCAAUACGCUGGCACGUUACCCUGCGCUAACAAAGGACAUUGGAACACACUCGCAAACAUCUUGGCAGCCUUAGGAUCCUUUGCGAGCAGUAACGUGGCGGACGCAACAGAUUUGCCGAUCUUCCAAGCAGCGCAGAAGAGCUUAUUUUCAAACUACCUCGAGGUUGGAAACCUUACUAUUGUGCAAGCUUUCAGCUUGUCGUCGAAUUAUAUGCAGAAGAGGAACAAGCCGAACACGGGAUUCAACUAUGGUGGUCUUGCGAUAAGAUUGGCUAUCGGAUUGGGUCUCCAUAAGGAUUUAGAGGGCAAUAGUUUGUCGCCUUUACAGAGUGAAACUCGACGCAGGAUAUGGUGGUGUUUGUGUGUGCUUGAUGUGGGAGCUACUAUUACAUACGGAAGACCAUUGAAUUGGCCUCAGGCUGGUGUCGAGACAGCUUUCCCUCAAAAUAUUCAUGAAAAGGAUCUCACACACGAUUCAACGCAUUGCCCACCAGAGGUCGAAGGCAUAACAAUGUACACCUACAUCCGCGUCCAAUCAGCCUACCACCUCAGCACAAUGACGGUCUACAACCGUCUCAUAACCAGUCCCUUCCCGUCAGCCACAGAACUCAUCACUCUAGAUGACGUUUGCAUCGGUUCCUGGCUCGCUCAAGUACCAUACUACUACCGCACUGUUCCACCGCCAGAUUCUGAGUAUGCUCUUGGCAUGGGUAUCUCGGAGUGGCGCUACAGAAAUCUGAGGAUUGUCAUGUAUCGUCCUUUCUUGGUCAGAUGGGCGAGAUCAUCGGCACAAAAUACGCAGCAGAAUCUAACGAGUAGUGAAAAUCUGGCGGUUUUUAGAUGUCUUGAUGCUGCGAAAGAGUCUGUUACGCAUAUUCAGGGCUACUGGACUUCCCGCUCGCAUUCAAGAUUGGCUUCCUUCUACAUCCUGUACUUCCUAUUCCACGCAACCUUAAUCCCCGUCCACUGCCUCCGCCAGAAUCCUCAUCACGCUCUUGCACCCGACUGGCGCUCACAAAUCCAAGCUUCACUUUCCGUCAUGGGAGGCAUGACUGAGUUGAACCCGAACAGCUCCAAAUGUCGCGACAUCACGCUGAAGCUGUGCUGGCCACACCUCGACGGAGAUGGAACACAGACAUAUUCCGAAAACCCGUCGUUCAUGCCGAAUGUGGCAGAGACUGAAGCUGCGUCGAUUAUUAGUGGUUACAACACCUGGUGCGAAUCGAUGACCAAUGCUGGGAUAUCGGUGCCCACGUAUGAAUGGGCGGAUGAGAACGAUUCAGCGUUGGGUUUCUUUUAG